AGUGCUUUUUUUUUUUGGACAUUAAAACAAGUUGCGUACUCUCUCAAGUCUAAACCAACCGGCUUCUCCUCACAAGUCUGCUUUCCCUCUUAAAUACCCACUUCUCUCCUCUCUUUUCUUUCCCCAAAUUUCAAUUUUUCUUCUUCUUCUUCCUCUUCUUUCUUGAUCGAAUUAAAGCACUUUCUUGCUUUCUUGAAAUACCCAGAAUGCGGAUGAGUUGUAAUGGAUGUCGAGUUCUACGUAAAGGCUGCAGCGAGAACUGCAGUAUUAGACCUUGCUUACAAUGGAUCAAAAGCCCUGAGUCUCAAGCUAAUGCCACUGUCUUUCUAGCAAAGUUUUAUGGCCGUGCCGGCCUUAUGAACCUUAUCAACGCUGGCCCUGAACACCUUCGUCCUGCGAUUUUCAGGUCUUUGCUUUAUGAGGCAUGUGGUCGGAUAGUGAACCCUAUUUAUGGGUCUGUUGGGUUGCUAUGGUCUGGAAGCUGGCAACUCUGCCAAGCCGCCGUAGAAGCUGUUCUUAAAGGAGCCCCGAUCACUCCGAUUAACUCCGAAGCGGCUGCCAAUGGCCAUGGACCGCCGCUGAAGGCUUAUGAUAUUCGUCACGUUUCCAAAGAUGAGAACUCUGCUGCCUCCAACGAACCUAGCCGAGUUAAGACUCGUUCCCGGGUCAGGAGAGCCAUGAAGCCUAAAGCUAAUAACACUAGUACUGCAACAAAUAAUACCAAGCCAUAUGCUGAGUUGACUCGGUCGACGAGUCAUGAAUCGUCACUGAGUCACCAAUCCGAGUUGGCAAUGAUGGACGUUACUGAGAGCAAAGAAACGGAGAGUAUGGUCUCUGUCGAAACGGCUGAGGCUUCCCUGCUGUUUCGAGCCGAGCCGGAGUCAGCCACGAAGGGCAAUGAGGGAAAUUUACAGGAUCAUGCUAGUACAGAAAUGGUUGGAGUUGGACUGGAGCUGACUCUUGGACUCGAGCCUACAGCACGUGAGAACCACGUGGUUCCUGUCAAGAAAAGGAAAAUUGAAUCCUACGGCUACGCGUCAUCGGAUCACGACACGUGUAAGAUAGAGCUGGGACUUGAUUGUCCAGCAAGUCACUAAUCAAACAAAAUGUAAAUUACUGUAAGAAGGUUCAGUUUUGUCGGCUCAGCUUCAUCGGCUCUUCGUCUAGAAAAGAAGUCACUUUUUUUCUUUUUCAAUUUCCUUUGGUUUUUCCUUUUUUCUUAUGGUUUUCUUUGGGACCCUUAAUGGUGAAACAAUAGAGGUGUACAAAUAUGUUCUUUUUUUCUUUUUACAUUGAUAGACAUGGAAAAUCAACAGAGGGAUCUUCCAAAUUCUCAACA